ACCCACAAUGAGAUACAUUUUGAGAGAAAAAGAGAAAGAGAGACAGACAGAGGCAGGCAAAGUCCGACCGACAGACAGAGAUCCACACCAGGUCUCUUCUUGCCUCUCUGGUGGCCUCCAGUCUGACAGAGCCUGCAUGGCCUCCUCAAGCCCAGGGAGUAUGACCCAUACAGGGGAAGCAGAGCGCCAACAGCCCUGCUCUGGAUCAGCUGCCAUCUUGGAGCAAUCUUCUCCACCUCCACCUGUCAAUCAAUUGUCUGCCCUCUCCCCAAGGGCCAAUCAGUCCAAAUCCUGCCUCCCUGGAGUCCAGCCCCACUGGAAACAAAACCGGAGGCAGAUGACCUCAUUUUGCAGUCUUUCGGACAGUCUGCCUACAUCCCCCUGGUGUAGCCAGUCAUCUCUGAAGCAUCAAUGGGGACACCUCCAACACCAGACAGUCUAGAAUGUUCCACCUCCUCCUCCCACACCAGGGUGAAGUGAUGCUGUAGAAGUCCAGUCACUCGUUUGAAGUAUUUCCCUAAUGUUUCCCUGUUAUCCUUUCCCCCCUCCUGAUAAGUGGAUGGAAAUGCAAACAGCAAAACAACAACCCAAACCACUGCAGCGGCAGGGGCAGUGUGAGAGGACGGGAGCCGACAUGUUGAAUCCUGGGCAACCUGUCCUUCAUCCACCCUGGGAGGAGGAGCGAGAGAAACAUUUAAAAAGACAGAGAAAGAGAGAGAGAUAUUGAGAGACUGGACGAAAGAUGAAUUGAGAGAGACUGAUAGGGAAAGAGCAAGAGUGAAAGAGCGACCGCGAUGGCAAAGUGAGGAACCGAGAGAGCGAAAGAAAAAGGAGGACUGACCCAGGGAGAGAGGGACUGUCUCCAACAGACCACAGCUUCAGGUCUGUAGGCUCUAGUUGGGUGUGACGCUACGUGUGGCAUUGUAGAUGUAUACUCGUCAUUUUGCGAAAGGUCUUGAGCCAACGCCACUAUUUGCUUAUGUCGCAUAGUGUCGUAAUAAAUGCUAGAAACCGUUUUAACAAGUUUGCAUGUGGAGCGCCUUGCUCUGUCUGUCCUUCGUAGGGGAAACCCACUUUGCGUCGGUGUCAAAACGUCUCAACCAUGGAGAACGUCACCCUAGGCUCCGCCGUGAACAUCUCUUCAGACAGCUGCUUCCCCUGCAUCGACCCAGACCUCCUCAUCUCUUCCAUCUCUGUGUAUGUCCUGCUCUCCUUCCCGGCAAAUGGCUGGGCCAUGUGGCUGAUGACCUCGUCGGCCGUCUUCCUGACGGACAAGAUGGAGUUGUUUGAGUUCAACCUGGUCCUUGGCGAGCUGCUGUUCUGCGCGGCCUCGCCCGCCGUUUGCGCCGGCCUCUACUUCUUCAGGGGCCUCGCCGAUCACGCUGCAAUCCCGCUCACUGCCGUUUCCUUUGUGAUGAGGCCGAUGUUCCAGGGCUGCCUGUGUGUGGAGCGCUACCUGGCAGUGAUCCACCCUGUGGUCUUCCUCAGGUACAAGCCGCUGAGGUACCGGCUGUUCUGCUGCGGCCUGGUCUGGGCGAUGAGCGCUUACUCCAUCGCCACCCCCGUGGAUCAUGUGCGUCGUGAAGAGCCCGGCUUUCGUCGACGUCUGCGCCGCGGCGUUCGGGCUCCUGUUCCUCCUCAACUCCUUCUGCAGCCUGUCCGUCCUCCGUGCCCUGAGGCGGGCCGGGCCGGGGGAGGGGCACAAGGGCAGGGGGGAGGGGGUGUCCAACCGGCUGAAGGGGAAGGCCUUCCGCGCCGUCCUGAUCGUCCAGGCCACCAUAGUGGUGAGCUACGUGCCCGCUCUCGUCGCGACCCUCCUCAUCGGGCACAUCGCGGAGGCCACCGUCUGUCAGGUGCACCCGGCCACCAUAGUGACGUCGCUGUGGUGCGGGCUAGUCCACCCUGUGCUCUACCUGCGCCGUGCCAGGAAGCUGCCCUGCCGGAGACCACGGGCGGCCUGAGAAACGAGCCACCGACGCCGUGACGCUACAGUUUGGAGGCGCUGGUGUGAUCGUUCAGUAUGGGCAAUAUUUGGGCAAUUGUUUAUGGGAUGUGCAUUGGGGAAAGGGAGUUCAAAAUAAAAACAAGCAAAAGUACUCAAGUUGAAAUGCUUCCUUUUUUCAUGCUCUGGAAUAUCUAGAUAACUAGAGAGAAACAUGAACUGUGAGAUAGAAACAGGGCCUUUUGCAUCAUCAGAAUGACCUGCUAGCGGUGCAAUGUUCUGAUGAUCAGGUGUGUGACUUCGGGUGUGUUGUGUGUGUGUGUGUGUGUGUGUGUGUGUGUGUGG